UUCCUCGCGUCGUCGUCGUCGUCGUCGUCUUCCUCGCUUUCCUCCUCCUCACGCUCCAUCCCAAAAGCUCCACCACUCCUCCCGCGGAGACCUUGCACGGUCGCCGGAGCUCCGAUCGACCUCGUCGAGUUCGAAUCGUCGCCGCUCCCUUCCGGAAGCAAAUCCUGAAAUGGACCGCCGGGGCUGGCCGUGGAAGAAGAAAUCGUUGGGCAAGAGCCUGUCUGACAAACCGGUUGCCCCAUCUGAUCCUGCAAUUACCUUGUCUAAAGCAGCAUCCAUAGGACAUGAGGACUAUGUAAAGGUGAACUAUGUUCAGAUAUCCUUGGAUUCAUAUAGGCAUUUGAGUGGAUUGGAAGAUCAUGUCACUGCACUGGAAUCUCAAGUUACUACUUUGGAGUCUCAAGUUAAGGACUUGAAUGAAAAGCUGUCUGCAGCUUAUUUGGAGAUUAGUUCAAAGGAGAAUCUGGUCAAGCAACAUGCCAAAGUUGCUGAAGAAGCUGUUUCAGGAUGGGAGAAGGCAGAUGCAGAAGCCCUUGCACUGAGACAGCAACUUGAAUCUACUAUGCUGUUGAAGCUCACUGUUGAGGACCGGGCAUCUCACCUGGAUGGUGCUCUGAAGGAGUGCAUGAGGCAGAUAAGAAAUGUCAAGGAGGAGAGUGAGAGAAACUUGCAAGAAGUAAUUCGUACCAAAGCCAAGCAAUGGGACGAAAUGAAACUUGGUCUUGAGGCACAGGUAGCUGAAUUAGAUGGUCGACUUCUUCAGGCAACAGCAGAAAAUGCUGCACUUUCCAGGUCAUUACAGGAACAUAUUGAUACAAUAUUAAGUGUCAAUGAAGAAAAAUCUCAAGCUAAUUUGGAGAUUGAAGUUCUUAAACGGGAUAUCAAGUUAUAUGAGAAGGACAUGAACUCACUGAAAUAUGAGCUGCACAUGGUUUCUAAAGAACUUGAUAUUAGAAAUCAGGAGAAGAAUAUGAGCAUGAAGUCAGCAGAAGCUUUAAACCACCAGCAUCUGGAGGAUGUCAGAAUAAUCUCCAAACUGGAAGCAGAAUGCCAAAGACUACGUGGCCUCGUUCGCAAGAAAUUGCCUGGUCCAGCUGCAUUAGCUCAAAUGAAGCUGGAAGUUGGGAGCUCAGGCCGAAUCUCCAGUGAACCUUGGCUAAGGAAGAAUACAGCUAGAAAUCCUAGUUCUAGGUUGCCUCGUGAGCCUGAAAUCUCCUUUGACCGUCCUCAGCAAUGUUACAAAGAAUCUGAUUUUCUCAGUAAACAUUUGCUGGCAACGGAAGAAGAAUCAAAGAUUUUGAAAGAAACUUUGGCUGCUCGUAACUCAGAAUUGCAGGCUAUGAGAAACAUGUGUGCCAAAACAGUGGGCAGGCUGAAGAGCUUGGAGGCUCAGAUUCAGGCAGUUGAACUGAAACGGUCCCCUGAGUCCAACAUGGGUUUGGAUAUUGAAGAAUUUUCAAGUCACGUUGCAGGCACCCCGCCAAGUGCCAGUUCUACUUGUGAAGAUGGAAUUGAAGGAGAAGGAAGCUCCUCUGAAUCUUGGAGUCCGCAUAUCUGCAGCAUGUCUUAUUUGGAGAGUGCUAAGAGCAUAGACAAAUCUGAUGAGCGGUCACGUGAGAGUGACAGACAAUUAAUGGAUGACUUUCUUGAAAUGGAGAAAUUGGCCUGUUCAUCUGAUGAUAUAUGUGUAAACACUUCUGCUGUUAGAAGUACAGGUUCUGCCGGCAAAGCAAAUAUAGAACGUGUAGCACCAGCAGAUAUUACAAAUUCCAAGGGUGCGAAUCCCCUUCCUAAUCAGGAUCCUGGCAUAAAUUCAUCAGUGAAUCAGGAUGUGCCAUACCCUAGUCCUCCAACCAGACAGCACAAGCCCCAUAGAGAGGAUUUGCAAUUGCCCAAUCUGCUCUCCAAAAUCGGUAUGAUAAUUGAGUCUCAUGCUCCAGAUGUUGAUGUAGGAAAAGUUUUGCUAGAUAUAAAACAUGCUGUAGAGAUCCCAGAUUCUCCAUUACUUCAUUCAAUCGGUCCUAUCUCAGAGGAAGUUCAUCCAAGUGAUAGAUAUGGUCAGCAUCCUACUGCUGAAGAUACAGUGAAAACUGCAGAGAGUGUGAUAUCAGUCAUUCCGGGGAGCCCUAAGACUAGCAACAUAAAUAUCAGAAAGCAAAACCUUGAAAAGGCAGUUUCUCAGAUACACGACUUUGUAUUUUCUCUAGGCAAGGAAGCAGCCUUAUGCCAGGAUUUUUCCAGUUAUGAGCAGGGGUUGGAAAAGAUGAUACAAUCUUUCUCCACCUCUGUUGAGAACCUUGCAUGCAACAACUUAACCUCGGCUGACUUUGUUAUUGAACUUUCAGAUAUUGUUGGUAAAGCUAGUGAACUAAAAUCUGGCAUCAUUAACUACACAGGUCCUGAGGGAGAUACUAGUGAUGGAGAAUGCAUAGAUAAGGUUGCUUUGCUGGAGAGUAAGGUCGUUCAAGAAAAGCUUUCAGGAAAUACAUAUACAGUUGAAUGUGGCAAUAUCCCUUCUACUUCUAAUAUCGAGGAUUACAGCAAGGGAUUUCAAGAAGAAAAAAUGGGCUCCCAGGUUGGAUCGAAGGUUGCAUCUUUCAAGAAUUUAAAGGAGGACUUGAACCCAUUCAAGUCAGAGAAAGAACACGAUGUAUCAGGCAUAGCUAGGUGCACUGAUCUUGAGACUACAAAGCUUCGGCUGCUGGAAAAAGAGAAGGUUCUUACAGGACUGAAAUUGCAGUUAGAAUCAUGUCAAAACUCACGCAGCUUAGCAGAGGUUCAGCUAAAAUGCAUGACAGAGUCUUACAAAUCAUUAGAAAUGCGGGCACAUGAUUUGGAAGCUGAAGUGAAACUUUUACGUGACAAGAUUGAGAAGUUAGAGGAGGAACUUGCUGAAGAAAAACACCAUCAUCAGGAAACUCAAUCUAGGUGUGAGGAUCUUCAGCAGAAAAUCAAAAGGAAGGAGAACUGCACAACAUGCUCAUCAUCUGCAGUAGAUCUUGACAGCAAGAGCAAACAGGAGAAGGAGAUAGCCGCAGCAGCACUGAAGCUUGCAGAGUGUCAAGAGACCAUUCAUCUUCUAAGCAAGCAACUGACGGCUCUGCAACCCCACCCAGAGAGCUAGGCCUCUCAAUUUGAUGAGAAGCAAAAGGAGGAAAGCUUGUAGAGGCUAAAAGCCGAGACGACAUCAUUUUGAUCAAAAAUGAAAAAUGCUGCCUCAACAGAUUAGAUGAAUAUGAUCAAAGCUGAACUGUGUAGUGUUGAUCCCAGUGAGUGGCGAGCAUUGAUUGAAGAGCCCUCCUGAUUUCCGUUCCGAUUAGUUUCCACUCUCUGGAAAUGCAAGACUCUUAUGGGGUGAGUUUGAUUCCAUCUCGAGUAUUAGACCAAUGUUUCCCAUACUUAGUUAAAGAAUGCAAAGUAAUAUGCCUUUUUCCCACUAA